GCAACCGCUCCUCCCGCAACUUGGCUCGGGCUCCUGCUACCUGCUACAACCUUGCCAUCUUUGCCGCAUCGAUCACUGUGCUUUUGGCUGUGAACAUCACGGAACCUGAGGCAAUGGUGGUGGAAGCGAAGCUGCAACUGCAGCAAAUGGAGGAGCUGCAGGUAAUGGAUCCCAAGGAUUCCCUGGCGGCGGUGGACGUGGCUACGGAACAACUAGACCUUGAUGAGGUUGAACUUGCAGAAGAGCCUUUCAGCCCGAUUUGGGAACUUUUGGACAAGCUCUACCAGUACGAGGACCUCAUCGAAGUCCCUAGCCGAUGUGAGGAGUUUUUCCAGGAGUUCAUGAGGUUGAAGAACGAGGAUCUACAGGCCUACAUCUUGCGGCAUGGCAAUAUGAUGAAGAAGAUGAAGGAGGUGCACAUCGAGAUCCCCAAGCUCUUGGCAGGCUGGCAUUUGCUUACCCGUGCAGGUGUGCCCAAAUGGACGCACGUGCAGGUGAAGUCAAUGUGCGGUGGUGACAUGGAGUAUGACAAGGUCAGCCAAGCUUUGAUGCGAAUGUUUGGAGGAGAUCAUCGCCCCAAUCCAAAAGACCUUGGCAAGCUCAACAAGGACGACGUCUUCUAUGAGGACAUUGAUGAAGAGGUCUUCUACGAGGAGGACGAUGAUGAGUACUACGAUGGCUAUGACGAGGACUUCGACUACACCAAUGACGAGGUCUACUACGAGGACGAGAUCCCUGAGGAUGUGGAGAAUGCAGCAGAUCAAGUCGAAGAUGCCUACUCCAGCUAUGUGGAGAGCCGUCGUCGAAUGCGAGAAUUGGCUUUGUCGAGAGGCUUCUAUCCCAUCGUUGCAGUGGGACCUGAGGCGCAGUCAGAGAAGGGCAAGGGCUAUGCACGAGGUGGAAAAGGCAAAGGCAAAUCAAAAGGUGGAAAAGGAAAGGGCAAGAGCAAGGGAUACAACAACAAUGGCAAUGGCUUCAAGAAGACUCCAUGGUCGAGGCGGCCGGCAAGUGGUCUGAGGAGAUUUACACCAAGUUCUACACCAAGCACUUCAAGCGGCGCGAGCACUGAGCUGAGAUCAACUUUGUCAGGAUCAACAUCGCAGCAUGGACCCCGUUUCAAACGAUACCGAGUCCAAGGAGCUGGAGUCAAGGAGGUUUCAGAGGACCAGGUCACUAUGGUGGAAGACAUCACUGAGGACAGCAUGGCAAUUGUCGACUCUGGAGCUUCAAGAACUAUAGUUGGCGAAGAUGUCUGGAAGCAAUGGCUUGAGCACAUGCGCGAGCGCGAUGUCAAGGAGAUCCACUACAACAACGAGGUCAGAGACUUUUGCUUUGGAGACGGCAAUGUGGUCAGAUCCAACUACGAGGUGAACUUCCCAGCGUAUGUCAAGGGCCAGAAGUUGAAUCUCACUGCAGCAGUUGUUCCUGGAGGAACACCUUUUCUUGUGGCGCGACCUACGCUUGAAGAGUGGAAGGUGAAGCAGGACUAUGAGAACUCCAGAUUGAAGGUGAUGAACUCUGAUUGGUUGGAGCCCGAGCGCGACAAGAAGAAGCACUACAGUCUCAACUUGAUGGACUAUGAGGACGUCAAAGAGGAGGUCGACCACCAGCUGGAGGAGAACAUCAAGAUUGGCGUUUUGACUGAUGAAUGCGAGAUUGCCUUCAAGGACGCUCUGGAGAAUGACAUGGACGCCAUCAUGGUGGCCGAGGAUGUGCAAGACAGUUGGACCAUCGAACCCAACAUCGACAAGGAAGGCAUGUUAGAAACAUCGCAACACUGCACGGUCGACGUGGGUGUGAACGAUGCCCUGGAAUUGAGUGAUGUGGCGGUUGGCAAAAGCUUUGCUAGCCGCGGGCUCCUCUUCUGGGAGGUCUACGUCGACCCUGGCAACAUCUCUCAACACAUGGUCAACCACUACCCCGACGUGGAGGUGGCAAAUUUUUCUUUGCCAGACUGGGACUUCAAGAAUGCGGAGAUCAGGAAGAGAUUUCUGGAGCUCAUGGAGGUGGAGAAACCACACUUCAUUUGGCUUGCACCUCCAUGCACUUUGUGGUCGCCCAUGCAGAACUUGAAUGCCAUCACUGAGGCUGACAAACAACGACUUCAAGAACUACGAGAUGAGGCAAGGAUGUUCACAACAAGUCUUACGACAUCUACGCUGGCGAUGGCAUCGAGCCUAGCAUACUUCAAGAAUGGCAUCUACCAGGGGCUCGUCAAGAAGAGCACCAGAAUCAGGACAAACUUUCCUGAACUUGCAGAAGCUUUGGAUCUCAAAUGUCAAUGCCCACGAGGUGAACAUGUUCAAAUGAUUGGCAAAAGUGCGGCGCUGAAAGACAUGCAGAACUAUGAACCGAACUUUGUCCAGCGUGCCGCCAAAGCCAUCUACAACAACAUGGAGAAUAAUUGGCGUCUGAGGCAGAUUGCCCAGGUGAUGGUCACUGAAGAGCUCAACGACGAAGAGGCUGAAAGAGAGAGAAAAGCAGUUCAACAACAACACCGACUGACGGAGCAUGAUCGUCCAGCUUCUCUCAAUGUGGUCAAGAAGUUGCACAGACAGCUUGGUCAUCCUGGCAAUGACAGACUGGUCAAGGCCCUUAAGGAUGCGAACUUCGAUGAGACGAUCAUGAAAUGCGGACGUCAGUUUCGAUGUGACAUCUGUGAGUCUUUUGCCCCAAAGAAGCUGGACAGACCAGCAUCACUGCCACAGACCACUCACUUCAACGACAUGCUUGAGAUGGAUGUUUUUCACAUCAAAUGUCAUGGACAAAAGCACAAGAUUCUUGCAAGUUUGGAUCUGCAUGCAAGGUAUGAAAUGAACGAGAUGGUCAACAGCGAAAGCUUUGAUGAGGAGACAGCAGCUUUGCAGCGAUGGAUGUCUUUGGCAGGUGUUCCAAGAAGGAUCAAAACUGACUCUUCAGGUGCACACAUGGGAGAAGAAAUGCAGAGCUGGUGCGAUGAAUAUGGCAUCAAGCUCAUCCUUGUGCCAACGGAUGCUCACAACAGAUCAAUCCAUGGAAUUUCUCCAGCAGCCAUGGUCUUGGGAUACACCCCUGAAGAUGAUGGAAUCUGCGAUGAACCAACCAGACUUCGAGUUGAUGGGCGUCAAGCCUACAUGGAAGAUCAGGCCAUCCGAUCUUUGGCAACCAAAGCCUUCUAUGAGGCCAACACCGAUGCGACACUCAGACAAGCCAUGCUAGCCAAAACCAGAAAUGAUGAUGAACCUCUACAAGUUGGCAACUAUGGCUACUACUGGCGCAUCAUGAUGGACAAAGAGGCAUCCAGGUGGCGUGGCCCAGCUUUGGUGUGUGCCGUUGAAAGUCGACCAGAUGGACGACCUGAUGUCUAUUGGAUGGCACAUGGAUCAUCACUGGUUCGUGUCUCACAUGUCAUGGCACGACGUGAAGUUCCAGCAGAAAGAACAGCAAGGUUAGAACAAUUGCCCGACACUGCAGCCCGAGAACCAGCCAAACAACGUGUUGUAAGAGCACUUCGGCCAGUGCGGGGACCAAUUCGUUUUCUUGACCUUGCCCCCGAUGGACCUUCCGUUGACGCAGAAGCAAAAGCAGCAGCAGAGACAGCAGCCGCAGCAGCAAUGGAGAUCAAGAAUGAGGCCAUGAACCAAACAACAGCCGCAGACAGCAAAAGCAGCAUCAAGGAGGAGAUCAAGACGAUCAAACGUGACAGUGCAGCAGCAGAGCUUGAAACAAGCAACAACAUGGAUGUGGAGCAGCAACCUGCAGCAGAAGUGAAAGCAGAGAAGCGAGAGAGAUCAAGAAGUCCACCAAAGGAGGACGAAACACGUUUGCGAAUGUCACAGGCUUCUUUUGAUGCAGCACGACGAUUGGAAGGCUUGCCUCCGAGAGCGGCUACCAGACAAGAGCUCAACAGCAAUUGGCAUGGUCCAGUCGACAACAUCGAUGUGGAUGACGAGCUGCUUGCGGAGGAGUUCAACGAGAAGAAACUGAGCUUGGAAGAGAAGGCUCAGUUUGAUGAAGCCAAAGAUCAGGCACUUCGAGUCUGGAUUGAAAAUGAUGCUUGGAGACCAGUGAACAUGGAGGAGGCUGAUCCAGAGGAGACAGUCCCAGCUCGCUUUCUUCAACGAUGGUCAAUGGUCAACCCCACUCUGAGCAUUGAGACCGACGAGACACUUUGUCACAGCGGCCUCUCCUCUGUCCUGACUGAUGCGAAAUCCCUCUUCGAUGCUUCAAAGUCCAUUACCUCAGGCAUACAUCUCACUGAGCGUCGCACUGCCAUCGAAGUGGCGAUUGUGGCUGAGAGGGUGAAAGUCAUGCAGGCUGAAUGGAAGUGGCUGAACUCACAUCAGCAAGUUGCAGAUGGACUCACCAAACCAUCUGCCAAAGAUCGUUUUGCCGAAAUCCUUCAGCGAGGAAACCAUCAGCUCAAGUUUGACCCAAAUUUUGUUCCAGCAAAGAAAGUGGCUCAGAAAGGCAAAGAUGCGCAGGAGAGACAUCUCCAACAAGUGGCAACUGAGCAAGUUUUUGGGCUGACGGAGGAUGAUGAAAACAAGUCCGCCGACCUUUGUCAGUCGCGCGGGUGCCGCAAAAGAUUGACUCGUCCGAGCCUCUGCAAGUUUUGCAGCAGGAGGCAUUUUUAUUUGAAUCAUCAUCAGAAGUUUGGAUGGUCCGAUGAAUGGAGCAAAAGUGCCAAGCUGGCAAUUUCCAUUUUGGCUGUGGAGAAUGCGAGUCAAGCGGAAGCACACAUGUUUGGAGAUGAUGUUUUGAAAGCGAACACAUGGUGGAAAGUUUUCACAGCGUUUGCAAUCAUCUUCUUCUUUGCGCAGGUGUUUUUCAAGGCUGUUCAGGCGAAUGUCCGCCUUCAUGCGUAUGACAUGGCCCUUGAAGAGAUCUUUUUGUUUGAAGAGAACUACGCCCGGCCGAGCCAUGGCGUGCCGAUUCCUGAUGAAGGUCUAUGGUGUUCAACGUAUGACGAGGUUCUGAAU